GCGGCGUCAGCGGCCCGAGGGUCCGUAUGGCCGCUCCCCGCCGGCCGGUACUGUGCGCCACCGAGCUCGCCGGCGGCGCCUCGGGCUCGGGGCGGCUCUGAGCCGCGCCGCCUGCGGGGAUCGACCUAGCUGUUCCGCGGAGCCGCGGGCAGGAACCGAGGACCAGGAGGCGGCGGCGGCGGCAGCGGCUCUUCCUCCCAGAGGGCGAUGUGGCCGGCAGGUGCGGGCACCAGGCUGCCCUGUCCCCGGGACUCCGCGCUCCGGCGGGCGGCUUUCUCUGGGAACCUCACCGCCCUGCCUUCUCACCUCGUGCCCGCCGGCCGAAGCGUCCGGGUCUUCAUCAGCGCCAACCCUGAAGACACGGGAGCAGAAAGACAGGCACUAAGAGAAAAUGUGUAUCCUAAAUUGAGAGAAUUCUGCAGAGAAAACUAUGGAUUAGAAUUUCAGGUCAUAGAUCUCUACUGGGGCAUCGAUGAAGACGAAUGGGACAGCCCAGAGCUCCAGAAGACUCGCAUGAAGCUGCUGGAGGAUUGUUUGAAAACUUCUGCAGGUCCAUGUUUUGUUGGACUAUUAGGUGAAAAGUAUGGGAACAUUCGAAUCCCUGGAGAAGUUGAAGCCUCGGAGUUUGAAAUGAUUUUGGAUGCUGCUGUAGAGGCAAAGCUGGAGACCAAGCUUCUGGAAGAGUGGUACUGUCGUGACGAGAACUCAGUGCCAGCAGCUUAUUACCUCAGACCUAAAUUGGAAAUGCUGAAAAGCAAUAAAAAUGCAAUGCAGCCUUCUGCCAAAGCUGACAAUGAGAAGACCUGGAAAGAGAUAUCAGAUGAGAUCAAGGGGAUAUUUAAGGCUGCUGUAAAACUGUUACAUGAAAAGGGGAAAAUGAAAUACAGCCAAGCUAAGAGGUACCUGUUCUCAGCGAUAGAGGACGAGUUUGACUUUGCUCUAGGAAAGCAAACUCCAGCAUUCCUAAAGAAGUGUGUUUGCUACAUUCGGAAAAUUGCUAACAUUGAGCGUUUUGUGAAAAUCCCAGAGAUGGGAAAAUACAUGGAUAUCACUGGAACAGAACCAAGGAUUAUGCGGGAUGCAGAAGCCCAAGAGAAGCUGAUAAAACUCAGGGAUGAAUUUAUUCCAACUAUUGUUGCAUCAUCUAAUCUGAGAGUGUACACAUCUGUUACUCAUUGUGACAUGAAACUGGGCUAUUCCCAAGAAAUAGAAAAUCAUUACAUAGAAGGACUUGGUAAACAAUUUUAUGAGGACAUGAUUGAUAUCAUUCAGGCAACCGUACAACAGAAUUUUGACACUGAAACCGACACGCUUUAUGAUGAAAUCCUUCAGCAUUCCUCAUUAUGUAAGACGUACGCCUCCUUCUACGAGUAUAAAUGUGAAUCUCUCAACAUCGUGCAUAAAUACGUUCUGCCAAGCAAAACCGGGCACAUCAACCCUCUCGUCAUAUAUGGUGGACCAUGCACUGGGAAGACCCUCCUGCUAGCUGAAGUAGCAAAGAAGGCCUAUGGCUGGCUUCAUGAAGACACAGGACCAGAAUCUGACCCAGUAGUCGUCAUGAGAUUUCUAGGAACCACAGACAUGAGUACUGACCUUAAGACUCUCCUUCUAAGCGUUUGUGAACAAUUGGCAGUCAACUACCGGUGUCUGGUUCAAAGCUACCCUAAGAAGAUCCAUGACCUCCGAGACUUAUUUAUAAACCUUUUGAACGAGUCUUCAUUGCAGAGACCUCUAGUAAUAAUAUUUGAUGCCCUAGAGCAGCUCUCAGAGAGUGACGAGGCCAGGAAGCUUUGGUGGCUCCCAGCUCACCUUCCCCGCUUCGUACGAAUAGUCCUGUCCACGCUGCCCAACAGACAUGGGAUCCUGCAGAAACUGAGGUGCCUUAUCCAUGAAGAAGCCAACUACAUUGAGCUGAUUCCCCGGGACAGGAAGAUGUGCAGCCAGGUCCUCAAACACCAGCUGUUGCGGGUCAAAAGGAAGGUCACAUCAGGCCAGCAGAUUUAUGUGAACAACGCAUUCUCCAAGUGCACGCUGCCCAUGUUUGUGAACCUGACCUUCAGGGAGGUGAGAUAUUGGAGAUCUCACAAAGAUGUCGAUGAAUCCUCCCUCUGUGUCACGGUUCACGAAAGUAUAGAGCAGCUAUUCUGGUCCUUGGAGAAGAAGUGUGGUCAGAAACUGGUCUCCAGGGCUCUCGGUUACAUCACCAUGGCCAAAAUAGGUUUGAGUGAAAUGGAACUGGAGGAUGUGUUGGCCCUGGACAACAGUGUGAUGAAUGAGCUCAAUGAGAACACUAGGCCCAGCAAUCCCCUGAGAGUACCUUAUCUGUACAUCGCGAGGCUCAAGGAGGGUCUCAGUGGAUACUUAAUAGAAAGACAUGUGAAGAACGUCACACUCCUGGUCUGGGCCAAUAGACACCUGCAGCUUAUAGCCCAGAAGUUGUAUCUGCAGGAUGACAGUGACCUGCGUGAAAUGCACACCAUCCUGGCAGAUUACUUUCUGGGAGUCUGGUCAGGGGGCAGGAGGAAAGCUUUCUGCCUUGAAGACCCCUACUUGAAUGGCUGCCUUGACUUGGAGAGCAGAAGCUUGCUUGAGGAAGAGAAGCACUUCAUGGAACAGGCUUCCUUUGAUAGGCAGGCUCCAGACCAGCCCUGGGUUUUCCAGUGUAAUCCACUGGAGCCUGACAUCUUCUUUGUCAAUCAUCGGAAAAUGUCUGAGCUCUUGCACCACCUGACAAGAUGUGGAAAAACCGAUGACCUGCUUUACGGGAUCAUCAUGAACUUCAGCUGGCUUUAUACCAUGAUCAAAAUCGGCCAGUUUGACAAAGUGCUCUCAGACAUUGAGCUGGCUUACAACUACUCUCAAGAGAAGGAGCUGAAGUUCCUGGCUAGCACUCUCCGCGGCAUCAAACCCAAGGUCACUGCGUUUCCGGGCUCCCUUUCAGCAGAGCUUCAGCAAAGGCUGCUGCCUGUUGUAAGUUCCCUGCCCAAACUUAGGCACCUCCUUUUAGAAUGUGACAAAGAUGGGCCCAAAUAUUGCUCCAUUGUGCCAUUACAUUCAUCCAUGGACGUAACAUACAGCCCGGAGCGUCUCCCCUUGUCCUCUAGUCACCUGCAUGUCACCGAGAUUCUGCCUACAUGUAACCCCAGUACUGUCCUCACAGCUCUAGAAAAUGGUUCCAUCAGCACGUGGGACGUGGAAACCCGUCAACUCCUCCGGCAAAUCACCACAGCCCAGUCUGUCAUCCUGGGCAUGAAACUCACCAGUGACGAAAAGUAUCUUGUGGUGGCUACGACAAAUAACACCUUGCUGAUUUAUGACAAUGUAAAUUCUUGUCUUCUGUCUGAAGUGGAAAUCAAAGGCACCAAGCACGGAAGCGGCUCCACCUACAUCAAUGGAUUUACACUGUCCAUCAACCAUGCCCUCGCAUGGCUUGAAGCCAGCAAAGAUGUCACUGUCAUCGAUCUGCUCUACGGGUGGCCCCUUUACCAGUUCCACUGCUGGUACGAAGUGACCUGUGUCCAGUGCUCUCUGGAUGGCAUGUAUGCUUUCUGUGGACAGUACCUGAACACCACCACCAUAUUUCAUUUAGGGAGUGGAGAAAAGUUAUGUACGGUGACAUCUGAAUUUUCAGGUGGGUUUGUGAAGUUUCUUCUUAUCUUGGACACGGCUCAAGAAAUGGUAAUGGUGGACAGUGAGGGAAGCCUUUCGGUUUGGAAUACUGAGGACAUUUCCAAUCCCCAGCUGACUGACGACUUUGACUGCCGAAGAGAAGACAGCGAGGUGGUCAGCAUUGAACUUUCAGAGGACCAAAAUGCAAUUCUGAUCUGUAAAGCCCUCAGCAUUGAGCUCUUAGAUACGGGCAUGUGGAAAGUGGCUGAGAAGUUCAGAGCUAAGCACAACGAACGCUUUAUUUCUGCUGUGCUGUCCAAAAACGGAGACUGCAUCAUCGCGACCAUGGAAAAUACCUCAGCUGUGUUUUUUUGGAGGCGGGACACAGGCCAAUGCAUGGCGAGCUUACAGGAAAUCUCAGGUACCAUAGUCAAGCUGGUGAAAUCCAGUCACCACAAUAUGCUGCUCUCUUUAUCAACCAGUGGUGUUCUUUCCAUCUGGGAUAUAGAUAUAAUCACCGCUAUGUCCAACAUAGAUAAGACUGGGAAACCCAUCCAAAGCCUGGUGUUACCUGCCAGAGGGGAAAUCAUUUAUUCCCUCGAUGGCUCGGACUGUGUCCACAAGUGGAGCUUCAGCAGUGGGUUCCUUGAGGCAGUAUUCAAGCAUGAGGGCAUAGUCGAGCACUGCGUGCUGACGUCCUCUGGAGACGUCAUGGUGACAUCAGAUGACAAAAGCAGCCAGUAUGUCUGGCACACCACCAGCGGUGAGAACCUCUUCCGAAUUAACGGGCAGAGAAUAUCUCAGCUGCUAAUUACGCACAAUGACCAGUUUGUGGUCUCUCUCUGUGAGGAAAAUGCCUCCAGGGUUUGGAGACUGGCCACAGGCCACAGGGUCUGCAACAUUUUGACCACUCUGCAGAAUGCCUUUAUAACCUCCGCAAAUACCUUCGUGGUGGGAAUGACGAAAAGCAAAGUGCUGGCGGUCAGUCUCUGGACAGGAAGCAUCACCAAGAAAUUUUGCUGUGAAGAUGGCACCACCAUUGUGAAUUUUAAGUUGAUCCCCGACUGCCCUGACAUCAUUGUGUUCAUCACAUCAGCCGAGACGGUGAAUAUCUGGAGUCUGACGGAUGAAGUCAUCUGUCGCCGUGUGCAACUUCCAAACAACUUCUUGAAAAAUCUGGAGGAUUUCGAGAUUUCUCCCAAUGGCAAGCUAGGCAUUAUAUCCAGGGGAGACGAAAAUAUCAAUGUGCUGGAUUUACACAGCGGCAAAUUACGGGUGGUUCACGCCUCUGGGGUCAUCUGGAGGCAAAGGCUCUCUCGAGAUGGUCGCUACCUGGUAUACAUUUGUUUCCGAAACGGGGAGGAGGAGGAUGAAAAUGGUGCGGUAUCCAGUUUGAUUGUAAUGAGACUGGCUGACGGCAAAAACAUCGGUGCCUGUUCCCUUUACAAAACACCAACUUUUCUCGCCCUCUCCCAGAGGCACCUGAACAUCAUAGUGGGUUUUGACGACGGGAGUAUAGGGAUAUACACAGUGGUAGACCGUGUAGACGCAGCCCUGAAAAUUAAGAUUGCCACUUCAAAUAGCAGACAGAUUUUCAACAAUGCAACACAGGCAUCCAGGCCAAAGUGUAGUAGUUACUGUUUCAAAGUGUCUGUGGAUUGCCUAUGGAGAGAGUCUACCGAGGUCUUUGCGAGAGACAGUCCCAUCACCGUGAGCGAUUCCACUGAGCCCAGCGAGGCGACACCGUCCAAGAAACACAACCCUUGCUAUGACCGGAUGUGCUCCGCCCUGGAAUCCAGGGGCCACAGCUAUGCCCCUGACAACUGACAAAACGUUCUCCUUGCUCAGCGGACUUGCGCGAUACACACGCACAAGGGGGAGAAAAAGUAUCUUCUGUCUCCCAAAUGAUAAACUACUCCUUUCUUUAAAGACAGGAAAGAUGCUGGAGUUCCAGUGUUAACAUGCUCGUCAAAAAGACAGAAAUGUGAAAUCGGCUUUGAGUUGGCUCUUUUUGUCAAAGUUAAUCCAGGAAUGACACCUUGACAGAGCAUUUCUAAAAAUGGUGUUUAACCGGCUACAUCAACUGGAAGCUAAGCGAUAUUUUUCACGUUAGCUGCGUGGGAAGCAACAGCAUAACUCAUUCCAUGGGUUCAGAAGACAGAGCUAGAACUAUAUCCAGACCCCUUGGACUGGACUUCAUUCUACGGAAAUCAUUUGAAAUUGUGAACACAAAGAGCUGUUUGACCUCCAAUGAUGGUGUGGCCUAAGUAAACACAGCCUUAAUCUCUCCUUACAUUUUACAAUCCUGACAACUGUGUAAACCCAUUCUGCAGAAGGAAGGUCAAAAGGUGCAAAAUCACGUAACAAAAAUGCCCCCUCGUACUCCCAGUUUCCCAGGAGAAAGGACGUGAGAGGUGAGGCCACGAACUGGACUGGGCACAAGAACUUAGUACCACCCUCAUAGGGCUACUGAGCACGCAGUCAGUCUUCAUUAGGAUACAGUUGAGACAGUUGCAUGCAAGGGUUUCUGUAUAACGGAACAUGCGAUUUUUACACUACUUCCUGGGCUGCAAGAGAAACACAUUUAAUAGGAAACCACAGUCUUUUCGUGUGUUUUUGAAAUGCCUAUUUGUGCUGGACGUUAAAGCGGAAUUACAGAAAGGGCAUUAUAGAUUUGGUAAGACAUCUGUUCAUUUCCAUCUUGUACUAACAAAAGUCUGGGCUAUUCAGUCAGUUGUAUGGAAGCAUACAUUAUUUCCUAAAUCCCUGCGGUAAAUCUUAACAGAAAGAAAGCUUUCUUGACAUGCCAUCUAUGAAAUACUGAAGACAUUUGCCUUACUCUCAUUCCUCCUCACUCCUGUGUAAAAUGCAGACAGAAGACCAAAUACUCGGGGACAAACUGAAUAUGCCUGUCUUUGUGCUAAAAUAUUCCAUAUCUUAAGGGUGUCCAAAGGUUCUUUCUUGUCCCUGUUUGUAAUCACUUUCUUACUUCCCCAGACUGUAUGUAGGCUUCUUCCUCUGUCACCCUUUCUGCUGGAGGGCUCCUUGGGGCCUUUAUAGUCUUAUCCGUUUCAAAGCAGAAGCUAUGAAAUGGUAUUAAAUACUUUUUAAAAACACUACUUCACCUAUUUAAAAGAAAAUAUCACAUCCCAAAAGGGGGAAAGUGAUUUUCUUCCUUCCAUAUCCUCCACAUGGCAUGUCCUUGGAUGACUUUUUGAAGGGUAUCAGAAGCGCUGGUUUGCUUUGAAAGUGACGGGAGUGACUUGUGGCGGCAGAAUGAUGACCAAGGAACUGAUGUGCUCUCAGCCCAGCUCGGCCACAAACUCCUCGCGCGGGCAGAUCUUUAGCCUCUCCGCUGUAUUGUUUUUGUAAGCUGCAAAAUAAAGGGAGUGAUAGCUUCUGCUCUAGCCUUUAUAGGGGUGUUGGAGAGCAAUGUGAGGAAAAAGACAGCGACGGCUUGAUUGUUUUUGCAAAUGGGAGAAGCAAAAUGAUCUGAUCCAAAGGGAAUCCAAGCUCAUUGCAUUUCACUUUGGAAAGCAGUUUGACAUGAAAGCAUACAGAGAUGGGAUUCAGACAUAACGCCCCACUCCGUGGUCGAAGAAUUUUUUUCAGUAUGUUCCUCCUGGCCUAGCUACCAGCCGGGAAGGGGGUAGCCCAGUGAAGGCUCAGCCCACGUAGAGAUCACCUGGAGUUGAUUGUAUGAGUCAAUGCUUUUUUUUUUUUCUUUAGCUCUUCUGCGGCAACACAUUCCUAUUCCUGUGAUUAUCAGUUGGACCUCCAUGCCACACAUUUCUAAGAAUUAAAUGCCUAGAUGGAUUAAAUGUAGUGUGUGAAUAUUCUAUGUAACAGCCAAUAGAGUUUAACAAGUGACUUGAAUGAUUUUUCCUAACUUGUUUGCAACUGAUAGCUCAUAUUGAAUGUUUUUAUGUAAACUUUGUAUUGUUGGGAAGAAUUACCCAAUCAGAGAUUUAUAUUUUCAUAAAUGUUACAUUUAGUUAAAUUUUGUUACAGAGUUGUUACACUAGAAAAUUAUUGCUGUCUUCAAACAAUGUACAGUCUUGUGUAUGUAUUGUUUGUAUGAAUAAAAGGUAAACUACUUA